UCUAUCUCUUCAGUCUUCACCUAUCGACAACUGGGUGUAGCCUACUUUUAAAGAACGUAUAUACUGUCAAAAUAUUUUAUAUGAUGCAGCGUGAUCAGAGGGCCAUUUUGAUAAUAGUAUUUCGGCCUAGUGGAACAAACUGAGAGCAUACUAAAACAAAAGUAGAGAUCGAAGAGGCCAUAACAGCUAACACUUACUUUCACGAGAUAAUCGUUUCAGGAUGGAGGAGGAGGUUCAUGAAGUUGAUUAUUGCGAACUACCAUCCAUUGUAUGGGUGAAUAUCAUGAAACAUUUGUCGCUAGGAGACCGAUAUAACCUCUCCUUGACCUGUCAUUGUCUCCAUGGUUACUUCAACCACCCGUCACUAUGGAGCGUUGCUAACAUAAAACUGAUUGGAUGCAGCACGAAUUUCUAUACCUCGGAUGUCAAUACUGCGAUGCCAAGCAAAACAGUAAAGUUAAUUCAAACAUUCGGAAAAUUCUUCCAAAUUCUGCAUUUGCAAUUACGCGGCCAUUUGGGACGCUUGGAAAAGACUACAAAAGAGCUGCUUCAAUCUAUCACAGACAAUUGCCGACUUCAAGUGCUGACCUUGGAGGUUGGGCUGAUGACCUCUAAUUAUCAUCUCCAUGGUAACGCGCCUGGAUACGAGGAGAUCGAGUGUAUGUUGAAGUUAAUAGAGGAGGCCUACAGAUUGAAAGAGCUAAAUAUUAUUUCGUGGCCGAUGUUUCCCGCACUGGAGAAUUACAGGUGCGGCAAUAUAUUCCAGGUGCUGCUUCAAAACAACAAGAUAAAAAACUUGGAAUCUCUCAACUUAUUUUGGCCGACGGACUGUAGUUGGUCGGAACGAGAACCUAUUUUACCUUCUCGAGAAUUUACAAAACAAAUCAUAUCACACUUCAGGAAUUUAAAACAACUUUCUUUAAGAUCUCCUAUGAUGAGCGAACAACUCCUAACAGAGUUGAUGUCACCGGGAAGAACCAAGUUACAGGUUUUACAAAUCUUUAUAAAUUACUCACUGCACGAGAAACAGUACGAAAUGCCGCUAAUCUCGAAUGAAAUGUGGAAACGAUUUAAAAAUGCCAAUCCGGGUUUAGUUGUCGAAUGUCGUGUCAUGUCGCGAAUCGGUUGUGACGCUCUUUUAGAACAAUUCCUAAAACCUGAAAUUCCUUUAAAAUCGCUGACGAUAUUCAAAUAUGGUAAAUGCAGCAAAACACUAUUGGGGUAUAUCAGCGAGAAUUACAGUAAAACGUUCGAGGGUUUAAUUUGUUUAUGUGAUGUGGUGAAUAUUGACAAGGCAGUGUUACAGUUAGUGAAAUCAUGUUCUAAGUUAAACCAACUCGUUAUGCAUGCAGGAAUUCGUCUGGGAACCAUCAUCUCUAUCAGUCAGAUGCCCAGGGUGUGGGCAAAGUUUAGUUUUGACGAUAAAAAUAUAAAAUGUGUGGCCGAUGUUAAUGCUAAUGAUGAAUAGAAAAAAAUAGAGAGGUCUGGGGUUUAACGCCCACAAACUAGGUCAUUUUGGUACUAACAUAUAAGGUUCAAUUUUAUUUCAUAAUUCGCUCGCUUGAAGAACCCCGGAGAAACCCAUCGAGGUAGAAUAGGCGACCCUACUCUUUGUCAUGCACAAGGGAAUCGAAAUCACGCCACUUGACUAAUUCAGCCCCCUCCCCCAAUUCCAACAUAGAAUACCAAUCCAUUUUUGGACCAGGAAUUUCGGACCAAGCCUACCAGUGUUGAUGUUUUUCUUCGAAUAAAGCCUGAGGCUUUUCCAAUUCAUGAAACUGGGCAUGAUUGUUCCUUGGAGUUUCUGGACUUCGAUUUUUGAUAUGACGUCCCAAUUUCAAGCUGUCGACGAUGACGUCAUGACUUGGUUCCUGGUCAAUAAGCUAGUACUUGUUUAUAAACAUACCUUUUGUACAAUUUGUUUAAUAAAUUUUUUAAUUUUUU